AUGGAUGAUGGCUUAGAGACCAAUGGUAAAGGUGAGUCUAGUGGUAUUAGUUCUUUCGAUACUAAUGAAAAAUCCCCACCCUCCAUUUUGCAGACACCCGUCAAGGAACUGAAGCCGCUGGCCGACCAUGUCAAGUAUGUAUUCCUGGGAAAGGAAAACACACCUCCAGUGAUUAUUUCGAGUAAGAUUACCAAAUCUCAAGAAGACGAGCUCUUGAAAGUUCUCCAGUCACACAAGCAAGCGUUGGGGUGGAUUAUCUCGGACAUAAAGAGAAUAAACCCCUCGAUUUGCACGCAUCUUAUUUUACUGGAAAUGGGAGCUGAAGCUAUUCGUCAACCCCAACGCAGCUUGAAUCCGGUAGUGUUGGAUGUCAUGAAAGCUAAGGUCCUGAAGCUUCUGGAGAUGAGUGCAAGCGGCGAGCAUAAGAAACUACAAACUCAAGAAGUGGAAGAGAUGAGAAACGAGGCCUAUGAGAGCCCCAAGAUCUACAAAGAGAAGACAAAGGCUUUCCAUGAUAAGAGGAUUUCUAGAAAGCAAUUCAUUCGGAGUCUGUCGAGCUUGAAGUCUUUCAUAGUCAACGGACAUCGACUUAAGCCAUAUCACGAGAACUUCCAACCUGAGCAUGAAGAAAGAGAGGGCCUCGAGGACCCCAUUUAUUCUGAAUAA